AGAAGAACCACAUCCGAAAGCCUAAAGAGGGAAGUGUAAUUCAUAAAACCACCAAGAAGAGGCCCGGAGGAGAUUGUAAAAGCAAAAGUGGAGCAUCCAGACAUGCCCAGAGGGCUCAGCUGCUUAGCGAGCCCUGAGGGGGCAAAUGGCAGGUAUGAGACCCCCCCAGCUUCAGAGCUCCAGAGGCUGAUGUGGAUAAAGAAAGGGUCCAGCAACCAUCUGGAUGAAGUCCAUCCCAGGAUCUAUAUAGGAGACAUGUAUGCAGCCAAAGACAAGAGGACACUCCAGGCUCACCACAUCACCCAUGUACUUAACGCCGCUGAUGGGAAGUUCAAUGUCAACACAGGGCCCAGCUUCUACCGAGACACAAAAAUCACUUAUCAUGGAGUGGAAGCUUUUGACAUGCCAUCCUUUAACUUGAGUCCCUUCUUUUACCCAGCUGCCAAUUUCAUCAAGAACGCUUUGGGCUCGCCCACAGGUAAAGUGUUCGUCCACUGUGCAAUGGGUCUCAGUCGCUCAUCCAGUUUGGUCCUGGCCUACCUAAUGAUCCACGAGAACAUGACGCUGGUGGACGCCCUUAAAGCUGUUAGUCCCAACAGGAACAUCUGUCCUAACACUGGGUUCCUGGAGCAGCUCCGAGAGCUGGACAAAAAGCUGCACUACCAGGGAUCAUCGACAAGCUGCAACCUCAACGGACGGACUUGAAAUAAAAUCAAUUGGUCUAUAAAUUUGGAUUUGCUGCUUUCUAUGAGUAUCUGAAUUUGAAGUAGAUAUCACAAAAACAAAAUCUAUGUAAAAACAUUUUUUAAUUGUCUUUUCUUUGUAAGAUAUAUUUUCCACUAUUUUCCAAAAUUGUAUAAAUGUAUAAAUACAUUAAAAGGUAAGGCUGGAAUUAUUCCUUUAAUCUUUUUGUUGUUAUUAAGAAUACUAAUAGACCAAAACCAACACUUAAUUUAUCUUAACAGGUUUGUGUAAGAACAUAUCUGUCAUCACCCAAAGACUAAUAAAAAUACAUGA